ACAGACAUUUGUUCGAAAUUAAUAAAUAUUUAAUUGUGAAAAUCAUAGAGAAAUGGCUAAAAUAUUUGUGAUGUUCGCUAUUUUAAUCGCCGUGGCCGUUACCGUUCAAUCAAAGUCAAUAAGCAAAGCAGAGGAAGCUUGUCAUGACUGCGAUGAAGCCCACAAACGAGCGAAAAGAGCCAACGGUAAUGCACCGAACAUUAUAAAUGCUGUAUCAGGCCUCAUGUCUACUAUUCUGGACACAAAUUGGAAGUACAUUUCACAGAUUAAUGCCCAGAAAAUAGCUGCACAAAGCGGUGCUCAGAUGCCGAUGGGUGGACCGGGAAACGGUGGUGGCAAUGGUGGCAUGCCUAACAAUUACAAUGAUUACGGUGGCCAAGGACCCCAAGGAAAUCAAGGACCCCAAGGUUACCAAGGACCCCAAGGUAACCAAGGACCCCAAGGAAAUCAAGGACCCCAAGGGAAUCAAGGAUACCAAGGAAAUCAAGGACCCCAAGGAAACCAAGGGUCUCAAGGAUACCAAGGAUACCAAGGAAAUCAAGGACCCCAAGGAAAUCAAGGACCUCAAGGAAAUCAAGGAUACCAAGGACCCCAAGGAAAUCAAGGAAAUCAAGGACCCCAAGGAAAUCAAGGGCCCCAAGGAAACCAAGGGCCCCAAGGAAACCAAGGGCCCCAAGGAAAUCAAGGAUACCAAGGAAAUCAAGGAUCCCAAGGAAAUCAAGGACCCCAAGGAAACCAAGGAUACCAAGGAAAUCAAGGGCCUCAAGGAAAUCAAGGAAAUCAAGGGCCUCAAGGAUACCAAGGAUAUCAAGGAAAUCAAGGACCCCAAGGAAACCAAGGGCCUCAAGGAUACCAAGGAAAUCAAGGGCCUCAAGGAAAUCAAGGAUUCCAAGGAAAUCGUGGAUACCAAGGAUACCAAGGAAACCGUGGAUACCAAGGAUACCAAGGAUACCAAGGAAACCGUGGAAACCAAUGGAAUCAAAGAGGGAACGAUUAUGACUACUACUCUUACUACUAAGAGACGAUGACUACGUGUAUGGUCAACUAUUAUUGUCUAAUGUUGACCUCUAGUUGUUCAUAGUUAAAAUUAAAAUCGGUCGAGCCGUUUCGUAGGAUACCCACAAACACCGUGACACGAGAUUUUUAUUAUUGGACUAGCUGACGUUGCGCGGGGCUCACCCGCGUAGUUCCCGUUCCCGUAGGAAUAUGGGAAUAAUAUAUACACUAUAGCCUUCCUCGAUAAAUAUCUAACAGCGAAUUAAUUUUUCAAAUCGGGCCAGUAGUUCCUGAGAUUAGCGCGUUCAAGGAAACAAACAAACAAUCAAACUCUUCAGCUUUAACAUAUUAGUAUAAAUUAAAAAGAGACACUUUUAAACAGUAUUAACAUUAUAUAUUCAAGUGGUUAAAGUUUGAGAAAAUAUUUUGAUGCUCUUAAGUCUAGCUCUCUAGUCUCAUUUGAAAAUGUUAAGUUUAACUACAAGCAAUGUUUUUGGUCAUUGUUGUAAUUGGCAAUGUCAGUGUAAAUCUGUAAAUGCAAAAAAUAACCUAAUAGCCCAGUGUAUAUGACUUCCUUCGAUUCAGAGGGCAAAGGUUUGAAUCCGGACCGGGGUAUGCACCUUUAACUUUUCAGUUAUGUGCAUUUUAAGAAAUGAAAUAUUACGUGUCUCAAACGGUGAAGGAUAAACAACGUACCUACCUGCAAUCCUCAUUCGGCCGAGUAUGGGUUGUUAAUCAUGAUGUUACACAUCUUUACUGAAGUAUACCUA